AUAGAAGGUCUGUAAAAGGGGUGAAAGCCUUAUCCCUGCCGCGGCCCAGCUCUAGUCAGCAGCUCCUCCGCCAUUUUGUCGGCAGCGGCGGCAGCGCUGUCAAGCCGUUAGCCCGUCUCCACCAUUUCUAAAUCCCAAAUCCGUGAGACAGAAUGCAGAAAGGGAACAUGGGUGGAGGAGACAGGGGAAGUGGUAAGAAACCUUCAGUAAAAGAUAAAUUGCGGUUCAGUGUCUGUGAUGUGUCGUCUGACGAGUUUAAGAAAACUUGGCUAGCACUCAAAGAGCUCCAUGAUAGAGAGCUACACCGUUUACAGGCAAAAUUAGCCACUUUGAGGAAAGAGCGAUUGGCAGACGGGAGGUGGACAGGCUCCAUAGCCAAAAUUAAAGAGCUGACCGAACAACAGAAAGUCCUCAAUAGCACCAUUCGUGACUUGCGAAAUCAGUUAAACGCAAAAGUAUGUGACCGCUGUUCAAUGAAUGAAACGUACAGGAACACGCUACAGCAAGAGUUUUAUGAUAUUCAGCAACAAAAUCUUCAGUUUAUUGCUGAGCUUACUGCAGAAAGGAAUAAGUUAAGAGAAGAAAAUAAAAAGCUUUCUGAAAAACUAAGACUGAAUCAGCAACAGUUUCAGCCUUCUUUUUCUUUUUCUGAUAGCGAUGAUGAUGACUUUAUUCCCUGUACUCAAAGGUCUGUGCAAGUUUUUUCGGUCAAGGAGCCUGCCCCAAGUGCUCAGAUGCAUCUGCCUAUCCAAAUGAGGCAAUCAAAUACUGAACAGAUAAGAUCUGGGAGAAAAAAAGAACGACGACAAAGUCCAAAGUUUGCAAUUCCAUUUUACAGUCAGGACCUCUUUGAGGAGCCACAGAUCUCUCCUGAGAUUUCUUCUAAUAGCAGUAAGCCUGCUGCAGUGAGCAGUACCAAUCAGAAGUCAACUGCAGCUUUUCCUUUAACAUCUACACUUGAUCCUCAAAGUGGGGAUGGAUUUCAAGAUGUUUCAGACCUUCAUGAAGACAAGCUUGGCCAGCCAAAAAGGAAACAUAUCAUCACCCAGAAGACCUCCACACAAAAGUGUGAAACUCAUAUUGACUUCUCUUGGAGCCUUUCCAGUAUUUCUGCAGAAAACCCAACUACUCAAGUCAUAUCUGAAACUUCAGAGGAAAAUAUGCCUGAUUAUAACAAAAGUUCACUUUCCCCUUUUACAUCGAGAAAGGAAAAGCCCCCUUUAACUGUAUUUCCUUUUGACUAUACCUUAAAAUCUAAUGGGAAAAGAAGAUUGAAGGCUGGUACUGCUUAUUGCAACAAUGUGUUUUCUGUAAGAGAUUGCAGUAACCAGACACUGUCCACUGAACAAUCCGUUAAGAAGAAUAGUAAUGAAUCUACAAGUACAGAGUAUGGUGCCUAUAAGCCUCCAAGUGAUACCCAAAGUUUGAUCUUUGAGUCUGUAAUCAAGAGAAAAGCCAAGAUACAGUCAGGAAAAAGGGAGAAGUAGCUUUCCCUCAUCCUCUCAAGGAAAAUGCUUUUCUUUUACCAAAGGACAGUCUUCUUGUCCAUUCAGACUGUGUAACUGAUUACCCUUGACUCUGAUUCUGUUUUUCUGUAAAUAAUAAACAAGACAAUAAGAACAAAAAAGGUUUGGGAAAUGACUAAGACUUUGAAACAAUGACUUAAUGCCAGUUAAUAAAAUAUAGCACAAAUAGAGAAGGAAAUUUAGAAUCCCUCUACUUCCAUACAGAAGUGUAGAGGUCUACCAUCUUUUUGUUGAAAUUAAGUUGCUACUGUUUAUGAACCAAUUAAAGCCAAGAGAGGACCUGAAGAGUGUGGACUUAUAAGAGUUCAACAUUUAAAUGCACAUAGAAUGACUAAAAAAUUUACCAGACAAGACCAGGCAACUAGAAUACAUCCAUUGAUAGAGGUCUACCAUCUUUUGUUGAAAUUAAGUUGCUACUGUUUAUGAACCAAUUAAAGCCAAGAGAGGACCUGAAGAGUGUGGACUUAUAAGAGUUCAACAUUUAAAUGCACAUAGAAUGACUAAAAAAUUUACCAGACAAGACCAGGCAACUAGAAUACAUCCAUUGAUAGAGGUCUACCAUCUUUUUGUUGAAAUUAAGUUGCUCUGUUUAUGAACCAAUUAAAGCCAAGAGAGGACCUGGAGAGUGUGGACUUAUAAGAGUUCAACAUUUAAAUGCACAUAGAAUGACUAAAAAAUUUACCAGACAAGACCAGGCAACUAGAAUACAUCCAUUGAUAGAGGUCUACCAUCUUUUUGUUGAAAUUAAGUUGCUCUGUUUAUGAACCAAUUAAAGCCAAGAGAGGACCUGGAGAGUGUGGACUUAUAAGAGUUCAACAUUUAAAUGCACAUAGAGUGACUAAAAAAUUUACCAGACAAGACCAGGCAACUAGAAUACAUCCAUUGAGAAAGAUCCAGAAGUAGAUUUUUUUCAGAAUAAAAUGAAUAUGACUUUACAUGUACAAAAGAUAAAGAGAUGUGACAGACUGUGUACUAGUUCUUUAAAAAUGUGCUUUUAAAAAUCAAAAAGAGCAUAAGAAAGAAAAAUCUAAUGAACAAAGACCAAAUAUUCAGCAAGAGAGGUCAACAUUUAUAAGAGGAGCAGGAACUAUGAAGUUCUCAAGAAACAAAGCAGUUAUGGUCUUAUCCAUGACACUAAAAAAAACAGCCAGAGACUUGUCACUGGUUAUCACAGUAUGUGGUUGUGCACAUGCACACGUGUGUGUGUGUGUGUGUGGUGUGCACGUGUGCACAUGUGGAAGAGAGGAGCAGUCAGCAAUGCAACUCCCCCACCUCCUUUUUCUCCCCCUCCCCUCCUCCUUCCCCUCCCCUUCUUCCCCUCCCCUCCUUUUUUCUCCUCCCCCCUCCUUUUUUUCCUCCCCCCUCCUUUUUUUUUCUCUGCCUGCCCCCAACUUUCUUUCCUUGGGGUAUGGUGGUAUUCAACUACUUUUUUUUUUCAACUACUUUUUGUUGUUGUUGUUGUUGUUUUUUCAUGUGUCUCUUAGGCCAUUUUUUUUUAAGAGUCAUUUAUUCAUGAGAGACACAGAGAAGCAGAGACAAAGGC